AUGCACGAGUAUGACUCCACCUUAGUCUAUAAAGUUCUUUCUGAAAGUCUAACUCUGUUACCAUCUCUUUUUCAAAUAUUUUUUCUGUGGGGGUAAGUGAAACAUGGAUGGUUGUUACAUGUAGUCAGCAAUGCAUUGGGCUUUCAAUAACUGAAAUAAAAAACAAAAACAAAAAAAAAACUUAAAGCUCAAUCAAUAAAAACAAUUAUGACUGUAGUCAUGGUAUCAUAUUGUGUUUCCUUGUUUACUUUCUGAGUGUAUUUCUUGUCUGUAAGGGUAUUCUCACACCGUACAAUAAAAUACAUGUCAGGUCAUUUUGUGACUCCAAAUGAAAUCUUCUGUGUCAUUUCUGUGCUGAAAGGCCUGAAUAUACUUUGAGGCUGGUAGAAGUUUUUACGUAGACCAUGAAUAACUGUUACCACAACUAUCAGUGCAUUAUACAGUCCUGACUAUCAUGGUUUAAAUUAGCCUCUCUUGUACAAUAGUGACCCUCAAGCUAAGGAUACAGGACUUAAAGGUCCUGAAGUCGCCCGAAGUCCUUUUGCUUACACUUGCUGUACUGUUAUGGCUCAAGGACACCGCGGUUUCACAAUCUCCCCAAAAGGGGGCAGAAUUCUCUGUUUUUCCCCCCUGCCUGGACGCAUGAGGUUCGGUUAUGUAACAUCUGUAAAUGGUGAAAUGGACAUGGUAUUAUUGUCUAUUUUUUAAAACAAAAUAACAAAAGGUGCGAAUCUGUCUUGUAGAAUUAAAACAAGUCAAAAUGAAUGGGUAUAUUUGAUCUAUUUUGUAAAAACAUCACGGCGAGCCUGUCAGAAGUCACAAUAUUUUUUUAUUUUCACUUUGUGGACUAACCGAUAAAUAAAACUAAAAUGUGAGUACGGUGAUGUGGACCCUUUUGGUAGGCCGAUCCUAAUUUCCAAAAUUUGGGGAUUCUUCAACCCGGAACUGUCAGAAACCAUGCCAGACGUAGCUUAAAUCUAUUGGUUAUAAAAUCUGCGUCACAAGAAAAACAGUCUCGUGAUUGGCCGCUAUCCUCCCGCAACAUUCCCAUUCGCCCCUACCCGGAAUGGCACUGUGGUGAAAAUAUCUUGAAUUCAUCUUUCAAGUUCUUCAGUUUUUACCUCUUUGUAAGUUUAAUUUCGUGAUGUCUGGUGGAAACUUGAGACCGAUGUCUUAAAGUGAACCCAUCUUCAAAUAUCAAAGCACAUAUUGUGAGUUCCUUGUUGUCUUUUCUCAGGGUUUUCUGUGGUCCUUCAGAACCGCAGGACCAGGCCGACCCCGACGACUUUUCUUCCGCCAGCAUCCAACAGUCACACCGUAAGAAAUGGUUAUGUAUAUCACUACAUUUUAUCAGUUUGCCUCGACAUUUUGCAGUUUUUCGCCAGUCAGUUUUUGUGAGGGUUAUACCUUGAAGUGCGCUACAGUGCAGCAUUUUUAGACAUUUAUCGAAAGCGGUGGUUUUAUGUCUUGAGGCGUUUACGGAACCUCUGUUUCGCUGUGUCGUCUUUUAUGUUUCCAAGGGUAUAUACUCGGUGGGUGGUAAUCAUAUUGAUCUUUUCCCGGGUACAUGCCGUCCAUCUCUUUCCAUUCACUCAUCAGUCAUUCAUUUCCGCAGCCUCGAGCCCCCGAAGUUCACCCCGGCAGGCAGCUCACGCGCAUGGACUCGGUUGUGUGCAUCUUUCCGGUUAAUAAUUGACGUGGUGUUAGUUGCCAGUGGACUCUGGGGCAGAAAGAAAUAACAGGAGCUGAAAAUCGACGGCUCUGUAGCAAUAAGGAAAUAAAAAAAGAAAGCAAGGGGGCGAGGCAGAGCGAAAACCAUGAUCAGAGGUUGGGAGUCACAGCAAGGCGGAUUUGUGACGUGGUUUACUGUAUCGGGGUUGGAAAAUAAGAGGCAGGGAGGACAAGCAAUAAAGGAACCAGCUUAAUGUGCAAGGACAAUUUUAGGCUGCUGUCCAGCAAGAUAAGGGUGGUGAUAUAAGGCUCCUUUUGCUUUUUACCUGACAUCUCAGCCUUACUGAAUGGACUAACAAGGUUGAUACACAUCUGAAUGAAUCUUGGCUUGCAAGACACCCCAAAGAAACUUUUCAGUCCACCAGAGGACGUAUUGUGAAUUAUAUUUCAGUUUUUUCCUGCGAGUUCUGUGUUAGGAGCCUUUGGAUUUAUAUUAUAGUUUAACUGUAUGUGUUGCUGAAGAGGUGGUUACCUGGCAGCUAAAACAUGGCACUUUUUGUGAAGGGUAAGUACUUUUCAGCUCUUCCCAUAAGAUGUUUGCCACAGGCAAAUGAGCAUAUUUAACUGUGUUUAAUUAUUUAACUCAUUAUCUUUGUCUUCAAACCCAAACUCAACCCAAUUCAUCUGACAGGUCGUUUUAAAUUGCGGUACUUCAUUGGUUUUAGCACAAUAGUCUCUUAAAUCAGAGAAACUUGACCUCAGGUUCAUUCAUCACAUUUAUAAUAUAUAUAUUAUCAUAUAUUGUUGCUUUAGGUGUAUUCAAAACAAACAAGGUAGAAGACUGUAAAUAUCCAAGUGGUGAAACUUCUUCUCAUUUGCACUUGAACACACUGCUAGAUUAAGUAGAGUCUAUUAUUUUAGGUUCAAUCAGUCCACUAUCCAAUUCAACCACUGUUUUUUUUUCCCUUUGUUUCUUCAGCCUUAUUACUACCUAUAGGGUUUUUUUUUCUGCUGUGCAUUUCCUGUUAGGCUACUUGUCUGAUCUGUGCUGUUAUAUGGGUAAUCACCGUGCCUGUCAUUUACAACCCUAACCCUCUACCAGAAAUACAACAUUCAUCCAUCUACAGGCAAACCAUGUGCCAGUGACAGCUGAUUUUCUAAACAGAUUAUCUCCUCUAUUCCAAAAGAAAUAGACAGUUUCACUAAGAUCGUUAGAGAAGAAAAGUGCCUCCAGGUGAUGAGUGGUAUGAUGACAAGCUGACUUACCACCAAGUUAACUUACUUCAUCAGGAUACAUGUUUUAUUGACCCUCUGGACAACGGUGCAGUGUGUGCUGCUCUUAUUAUGUCUCUGUUUGUUGUUCAUUGACGUGUUGUAGAAUACACAUACAAAUAAUCAAUGAAAGCAGCAGUUUAUCCAUUAAUCAACAAAUCAGCAUACUCAGCUCAGAUUAUAACCCAUCACAGUUGCAGUACUUGCAGUGUGCUCUUGUUAAAAGAAGGAAGUGAAAGUAGAGUCUUAAAGUCUUUGAGUAUGACAUUCCUCAAAAGCUUUACCAGAGAUCACGAGGGUCAUCUUUGUUUCCCUCUUAUCAUACUACUCUGGUCUAUGGUAACAAUGAUUUAUGGCACAUUUUACAUAGAGGUCAUUUUCCUGUUGUUAGAUCUUUGGACUCAGAGGCAGUAAAUGAUUCUGUUGUGAAAUUGUUCCUUGUCACUCACUACGUUAGUUUGCCAACCAGUGAGGACUGAUUUCAGAGACAGAUUCUGAUGACACUCCAUACUAAGUCAUAUUUUAAUGUUUCUCUUUGUUUGAUAGCAUACAGUGCAAUAAGAAAGCAAAGUCAGUCUAAUCACAACAUUGAGAAUGUCAAGCUGCCGAAAAGCAAACAGCCAACAUUUUUACAGUGCAUCCUCACCUCCAUGUUUGAACAUGAUGUGCAGUCUACACAGUUUACUUUAUAAGCAAUAAUAAAGCUGACUUAACUGUUUGACUUUUAAAAUAAUUAGGCACAGUCAUUCCGCUAGUAUGCUGAUCAGAUGUGCAAAGCUGUGGAGCCAAGCUGCCUGACUUGGGCGUGUUGUACUUAAAUGUCAAGAAGUGAAACACCCAUCUUUGCUCUACCAAUUUGCCAGUUGAUUUAAAGAUAAGUCAAAAUUUCAGUGAGAUGGCUGUCAUCUUUAGGAUUUAAUCACAUCUCUUUAGAAACUUGUGGCCUUCACGAGAGAUGUUUUUCCUCAAUUCAAAAAAGUAGCAGCAAUUUAAUGAUUAUUUUACAAGUACAAUAUUCAUUGUUUUUAAUAAAAAAGAAAGUGGUCACUGUAAUCAUGUAGAGUUCAUGCUUAUGUCUUUUUUCCUCUGUUAUUUUCUUUCGAACCAUUAAACAUUCACUUUAGAAUAAUAUCAGACAAUUUGUUGGGAAAAAACUUGUAUAUUUUUGGAGCUCAGAAUGGAUUAAUCUUCCAUUAUUGUCAUGCUUGAAAGUUUUUGUCAAGUGAGGUCAAUUUUUAAGAUCAAGAAUGACAGAUUUUGUCUUAUUCAACUUUUUAUGUAAUCUGAAUAAGAAAGAUCUUUGAGAUUAGAAAUCUUUUGAAGAGAGUCUCUGCCAAGAGAGGCAGCAGUACAGUUCAUAAAUGUCCUGACAACGAGCAGCCACACACACACACAGAGACAAUGCAAUGAAUGUAUACAUUAAAUCACAGACCAAAAGGUGAAACAAGUUCAUCACAACUAUCAAGCAGAAUAUCCACAGCUAUCUGUGCUUGGCUCCAUAUGUUCUAAAAUAUCCUAAAAGCAAGGGAAUGAAUGAUUUUGUUGGUAGAAAUGAAGGAAGAAGACCUACAGUACAUUUGUAAAUUAGGACUCACCAGUCUCUCAGCUUACAUGCAGAUGAAAAGGACCGACCAACAGUGAUCAGUGAGAGCUUUAAAGUUAGAGAUGAACCUCUGUGCUCCCUGCCUCAUACACAGUCCCAAGAGCAUGCAAAGUCUGAGAAGAGGCAUGCAUUCAUAACACAUCACGAAAAUCUAGCAUACACAUGACAGUGACAAAGACCAGUUUCUUUUUGGACUUGCACAGAAAGGCAGGAUUUGGUUCUAAACAAAAAAACAACAUUCAGUCUUAGUCCUCAACAGCUGUUCAAUAUGAGGUUCAAAAAAGCGAUUCUUUACAUAAAAUGCCAAGGUGUCUGUAGUGGGACACAUGUUCAACAUGUGUACCUUGAAAAUAUCAGUAAACCGUCACUUGUUUGUAUUCUGUAGUAGUUAAAACAUUGUUAUCCAUCUUCCUCCAUCUUUCUUGUUCAGGUCUGAGUAACACAGAAACCGGCAAAGGGAUGGCUCAGUUCCAGGAAAUGAUGCGGCAGCAGCUGGAGAGCUCCAUGCACACAGAGCUUGAGAAACUGCUGGACACUACCACCGGCCCAGAGAAAGAGGUGAAAUGCUAUCCCUCUUUCUUUUUCUGUCUGCCUCACACUCUCUCUUUAUCCCCCUCUGUUUUCCUUUGACCAUCUGGUUGUGAUUUAAAGAGUGGUUGGGUCACACACACAAACACUGGGGAAACACAGGAGUGACACAUACUACAGCACAGAGCCAAUGAGGGUCCCACCUACAUGCUACUCACAUACUCGCUUACGUCAAGUGUACGUCACUGAAAUUAUGAAGGCGAGGUAAUGAUUAAACAGUCAUCCUUUUUAUUAGCCUUAAUCAUAAUAUAACAAACUAUCAGAGACGCCCAGCCUAAAUUAAGCCCUGUAUAUUUGUCUUUUUGCUCCAAAAUGGAUUAUAGUCUUAGAAGGGAUCACCAAACAGUCCAAACCAUCCAAUUAUUCCCAGCUCCAGAAUAAAAUCUUAAGUGUCUUCCAAAUAGGGUAAAUUCAGGCUGACCAUGAUUUGUUCCUUUGGUAUGAAACAUUGCAGACCUCAAGACAAAGCUGUCACUGCUAAAAUAGUUCAAAACUGCACAGAGCUGAGUAACUGCCUCUUACAGACAUUGACCAGGCCCUCUACAACUCCUUGAAAUCCCUAAAGAUGUGAUUAUACACAGAGAGCAAAGGUGAGUGAGUAAACAUAGGCGGGUCCAGGACUUCAAACACUCACUCACUCACUCACUCACUCAAGAAUAGAAAGCUUUUGUACUCACAGGAAAAAUUCACUGAACCAGCUGAAAGGUAAAUUACACAGAUGUUGGCUGCACACACACACACUCCCUUACACACCCUCACAAACAGGAUAAUCUGAAAAGAAGUUCAUUGUCAUGGGGAUUCAAAUGUGAUGGCUUUGAAGUACACCAGUAACUGACCGCUGAUGCACAUUGUUCAUUUUUGUUGUUUGUCCUUCAUGAAAAUCUGCAGAGUAAGACAAAACUUAACUGACAUAGUUACACUCACAGUGUCCCACAUCACUUUGUGGAGAUUUCAUUGUGUGUAGUUUUUGUUGACUAUAUGUGCAUACAUAAUGCUUUCUUGCAAAGUGACCAAGGAUCAAUUUUAGAUUAUAGCAUGGUUUCCUUAUGAAGAUAUGUCAGAUAAACUAUGCAGAACUCAUUCAGCAACCUAACAGACUGUCAGUUGAAGUGGAUAUUUUUAUAGGUAUUUACGUAGAUAAGUAUACAGAAACAAGCCAAGAAGCACACUGAGAAAAAUCACUGAUAGAAUUUUUUUUCCCCAUUUUCUGAAAGAAAUGUUUUAAAGGUGCCAUUUAUCAACUUCUAAAACGUUCUACUAGCUUUUCAAUGAUCUUUAAUGAGGAAAAACUUGGUGAGAUUUUAUUGCUAUUUGUAUAUUUUUGCAGAUCUUGGUUUGUUGACCUUUGUUGUGCAGUUAUGUAACAGUGACAUACAUGUUAAUCAAUCUUUCUGGGAUGAACAACCCUCAGCUAACAUCUUUAUUUUUCAGGUGUCCAGGAAAGAUUUUGAGGGCUUCACGAAUCUUUUCCACAGAUUUCUGCAGGUGAAAGGGCCGUCGGUGGAGUGGACUAAGAUACAGAGACCUCCAGAGGACUCAGUAAGUCUUUUUUUUAAACCUUGGUUGUGUAUUUUAGUGGGUGUGGGUGUGUUCAUAUCUGGAGGAAUGUGACUAUUAUUGAGAAAGAAGUCCUUUGGAGUUUACUCUAUUCACAUCCUAUAUAAGAUUUUGUUGUAAUACUUUAUGUUAAAGCAUCUAAAAAAAGGUUUACACUAUUGGACUCACAACACAAGGAUUGAGCCAAGCAUACAUGUGCAGUCUAGUAAAUUGUCUAGUCAGAAAACCUAAGCUAAAAGACAUAGAUAAAUACACACAAAGGUGAUUUGCAUCCAAUGUACAACAGUUAGAUUAGGUAGAUGAGGUUAGGCGAGAUGAUUAAAUCCACCCCAAGGAAUCCAGUUUAAGUAACUCAUUCAUGAGUUUAAUUGCAUUUUAGUUCAUGUAACACUUAACUGAUAUUAAUAGCACCUCUGUAGAAAGUCAUCAUUGUGGUUGUCAUUAUUAUCCUCUCUCACUCGGCAUUAGUUUCAGAGUGCAGUUUAAUCUAAUUGUGUUACCAAAUCAAACAACUACAUUAAACUUUUGGAAACCUCUUUAUUCUCAGUACUUACCACCAGGAUACUAAUGGUCUUAUAUUCAGUGGCUACAGAUGUGGUGCUUUGAGCAGAAUACAGCACUGUUCAGCUAUGUAGCUAUAUACAGCAUUCUACCUUAGGUCACUGGAGAGUUUUCUGUCCUGGACUAAGAUGAUCAAACUGCUAUCACAGCACCUGCCACUCAUCCUGAUGAUCUGACAUAAGACAGCUCCAAGCCUCAAAGUGAAGCUGAGGCCUCAGGAACAUUAAAAAAGUGCUCAUAUAUACACCUUUUCUGCCCCAUUUAAUACUGUUCAUUUCAUUUUCUUUUGUAGUUGCGUGUGGCUGCAUUCAGCUUUAAAAAUACAGUGUGAUUUAAUAUAGUUUAACACUAUGAUGACCCUCAAAUACAUGAACUAAAAGGAGUGAAUUUUGCAGGAAGAAGUGUGGAGCAGAAUGACAGUAAAACAACUUGUAGUCCUUUUAAUAGACACAGUGACCUAAGAAGUUACUCUUUAAGGAUCAUCUGGUAUCAGAGUUGUCUUACGGGUCAAUGACCAUGCCAACUUCUAACCACAUGAAAAGUCAAAGACUGUAUAACAGGAGUAAUUGUGAAAUGAUAAGUCAGUCUUUGUUUUCCACUGACUUAGUUUUGUAGUUACAAAAGAGUGAGAAUAAAUAAAUGCUCUUUAUAUGCAUCAGAGCCAUCGAUUUUACCUUAUGGCAUGUCAAUGACUGGACUCAUAUUUCUGGGUUUUCUAUGGAUUCAAAUGGUCAAUUGUUAAAUUAAAUGAUUGACCUUUUAAGUUUAAGUACAAUAAAUUAUUCAUGUGGUUUCAGGUUAAUUCUUCCACUCAAUUAUUCAUGGCUCAUCUCCACAAUAUAGGACUCUUAUAGGGACAUUGUAAACCAAAUUAUCCAACAACAUAACAGAUGGUUUAUGGUCCAGUGUAUUCAACUCAAUCAGGUUAAUGGUAGAUUGUUAAAAAAGAAGAAAGUUGAGACUUGAGUUGUGUAACACUGAUCCCAACAUUACGUUAAAGAUGGGGAAAACUUUUUUUAGUUGUGUAAAACCUGAGCGCUUUCUUACUGUUUUGAAGUGAAGACUGUAUAAACAAAGACUUGGAAGUUUUCUCUUUCAGUAACACAAAUGGAGGCGAGCCAUUUCAUCUGAAAACCAUCUGCCCACCGUUUGUCACAGUGAAAGAAGGAAAACAAACACAGCUUGUUAAGGAGUGUAUGUCUCCUGUUCACUAACGAGACAAGGUGAAAUAGAAGUUAUUUGAAAGUAACCAAACUUAUAUAAGUAUGUCUAGACUGAUGCCAUUAUUUAAAAGAUACUAAAAAGAAAGCUAAACACAGAAUCUGGAUGGAUAUCAACUAAUGCAGAGUGAUCAUAAUUAGACUUUAGCCUAGCCAUCGCUUAAUGCAAAGAUCAGACUCACUGAUCCUAUUAAAUGUUAAAGGGACUGUACUUCUGUAUUGCUUCUUUAGUCUGUCUUACCCCUCAAAAUGCUUUCACACUUCAUGUCACAUUCAUCCAUACCACAUUUAUAUACUGUCAAUGGGUAUAUUGUUAGCGUUAUGUGGUCAAAGUAGUGAAAGUAGAAGUACUGAUAACAAUUAUUUACCCAAUGAUUCUUAAACUAUAAAUCUGCCUCACUUAAUGCACCAUAAGCCAAAGUAGACCUCCACAUAGUACUUAUCCCCUGAAAGCUUACUACUGAACAAACCACAUCCUUUUUUUUAAUUUAUUUGGUGGUUUUGUUGGUGAUUUGUCUGAAAGUCCACCCUUUUUUAGGUCAGCAUUGUUUCUCUGUGUUUUUCCUGAACAGGAUUUCCUUUUCCUUUUCCACUGUUAUGGGUCUUCUUUUGUUUUCUGCUUUCUGUGCUUCUUCUCCAGUUCCCCCCAAAAGUUUCCAUGCUUUGUACAAACUUCAGAGUGUAAGAUUGAAAUUUAAACAGCGUAAAAGAAAGUGCCAACAUGAUUAGAUUUUUUCUCAAGGGAGAAAUAAAAAAGUAAGAAUGCGGCAUUUGUUAAGCAGUGAAAGGCAGCACUGGAGAGUUGCAAACAAGGAGCAGGAGAAGUAGUUGAGUCUGAGUUUCAAAGCUGAGAAAGCUUUUGAUUUCUUUUUUUUUUUUUCUUUUUGAGCAAAUUUUUAAAAAAAUGUUACCAAUACAAUCACUGCGGCGCGGUAGCUGGAAAUUAAUGUCCACAUACAUCGAGCCUCAAGGCUUAAUAAUGGAAAAAAGAGACAUAAUAAACAAGAUCAGAGCUCAUGAGCUUUUCAAUGAGUUUUAUGCAAGUUAUGAAGUAUUACGUAUGCAUUAACGACCAAUACAAAAAGAGAUGCCAUCUAAUUUCCCAUGUCUUCCUUCUGCCUCAUUCAUUUGUCACGAAGCGCAGCAAUUAAACCUUGAAACUCACAUCUCCCCCUACCUUCGUCCCCUACAACCCACCCCAUAUACCAACCACCAAAAAAAAGUUUGACCAAUGAGCAGAUGAAAAAUAAGUAAUACUAUGUAACCUUAGAUAAAGGUCUUUAUCUGGUCAAGGAUGUUAAUCCAGCUGUCUAGAGUUUUCUGUUUUGCGCUGUCCAUAUUUCCAGUAGAAAGUUCUGAAUCUACAGUAUUAAGGACAAGCUGUAUCCACUCAGUGGUUUAUUGUAAGAGUGUUUGGGACUCGUCAUCACAGAGCCAACAUGUUCUAUGCUGCUGUGCUUCCUGCCAGUCACAAAUGUCUUUGAAAUGAAUUUUGAAAUAGAGCUUUGUCAUCAUUGUUUAACAGCAUCAAGGUUGAUAAUUACUUCUAAAAAUAUAGAAACUUGAAUAGUAACCUGUUUCCAGAUGGAUUUAACUAAGGGACAAUUGCACAUCACGUUCAAACAAACAAACAAAAUGUACAGUUUGGUGAAGUUCUGACUUUCAUUUUGGGGUGUAAAAUAAGUUCAAUGUGUCAAUUGAUGAUUUAGGUUUCGGGAUGCUUUCUUUUAGAGGCGACUUUGUGCUGAAUUUUGCUAAAUAUACAAGCGUGUAACUUCAAGAACCUUGAGAGAUGGAAAUGUUCACUUAUAGAUCUCCUGCAAAACAUUUUGAAGAGCACGUCUUAGAAUAAAAUCUUUACAUCUUUGAUGGAACAAAGUUAUAUAAGUCACAUGUAUUAAUCCUUAAUUUUAAAUCACUGCAGUUUUAAGCAGUCGUCAGUUCUUGUUUACUGCCUCACUACAAAGACACUGUUGGGGAGGAAUUGAUUUGCCUUUAUGUGUGUUUUCAUUUUUCUGGUUGAAAGGAUGACUCACAAAGAACUGUAAACUCUGCAGCUGUGAAUUAUUGAGGGGUGAAAUCAGUUUGUUGAAAUGCUGAAGCAAAACUACCUCUCACAGAAGUGAAUGUAGGAUGUUUCUUAAGACAUGUACUGUGUUAGUGCUCUGUAAAUAAUGGUGUUCUGAUCUGUAGGUUGGCUGUUGGUAGAUUUGCAGAUUCAUAGUCCAGUUAAAAACACCUAAGAGUCGUGAUUUUACAGAGGACAGUUGCUCAAAACACUUUCUUUUCUUUUCUAAAGUUUACAGAUUUCUGUCCAUGGAGACCAGGGACCAAUAAAACGGUCUAAAUAAAGUGUACAGAUAUAGUACAUAUUGUUUUGGGUUCAACCUCCUGCUUGCAUAGAUUAGUCUCAGUGUCACAUGAUUUGAUACUCAAACAUGCAAACAUGUAUCCUGCUCAGAAAUAAAAUCAUCAUCAUAUGCAGCCAAGAUGCAUUUUCCCUCCAAAGCUUUAUUUUAAUUUGGAUUUGUGUCAUUAUGUGACUGUAGCUCACUAAUGAAACCAUUCAUCUUGGGUCACACGCAACCAUGAUUUUAGGAACUGUUGAGAACCACUGAAAAGGAAUUCGUCCUGAUGUGACUCAUGUUUAUGUGUGCUGCACUUUAGUAGGCAGAUAUGCUUAGUGGGAAAAUGACAGAAAGGGACUAAAGAAAUGUUCUGAACCUUCAGAGUAAUGACUCAUUAAAAAAAUAAAAUAAUAAUGUCAACUCCCUGCCCUUCAUAGAUCAUGCUCUUAGGUAAUAUGAAUCAUAAGCAGCUCCCUAAAAGUGAGUUUUACGUCACCAGCCACAUAUUCAUGCACAAAGUGUGUAGAUGGGAGAUGCUGACAUUGGCUAACUAGCUUAAUAAAUGAUGUCAAACCAUCCAGUUCAUUGCAGAUUAUCAAUAUUUUCUUUCUUAUCUCUAAACUAGCCUUGACUUUAGAUGGAUGGCUAGCUUUGACAUGAGCAUAUAUCUAUUUUUCUAUAGCAGUUACAGUAAAGCUAAGAUCUAUCAUCAAGUAUUAAGUAGGGGUGUCCCGGUACAACUUUUUUUACUUCUGAUAUGAUACCGAUAUUGUAGCCUUAAGUAUUGGCCGAUUGAUUGAUCCAAUAUUGGCACAAAAUUGUGCAUGACGAGGUUUAAAGUCUGAAAAGGACGUUGUAGGCUACAACGUCCUUUUCAGACUUGAACAAGAGAUACUACCACACGACCAACAUCACUCCUACUCCUUGCUACUUUGUUAGUACCUUAGUACACACUGUUGUUGUGAUAAAGUGGGCUCUGGGCGCUGCUAGAUAGAGGUGCUGGAGCAGAGUCUGGUAUGGACUGCUUGAAUCAGAGUGCUGAUAUCUGAGAUUUUAGAUGGAGGCCGAUAUAAUCCGAUAUUUGUUUUUUUGCUGUUAUCUGACAGAUAUUCAACAUCAAUAUUGUAUCAGGACAUCCCUAGUAUUUGGAGUAAUUUGUAACUUUUGAUGCGUGACACAACAAAAAAUCAUGAUGGAAAGUGUCACAAAACCUUAGCUCUUGUUAAGGUUGAGGCAUUUAUUGAUGGAUGUAAAAGUUCUAUUGGUGCUUUAAUCAGACGAGCAUAUCUCUAAAAUGCUAGCUGUGAAACCUGUUUAUGUCUAUCUACAAUGUUGGCUAUAGAAGCCACCCCUGCACACUUUUAGUAUAUCAGCUGUGGAAUAUGGGAACGUGCACCGCUCAUGUAUGCUCUCAUGUCAAAUAGUGGUAUGCACACUGUGAUAGCCAUGAAACUGGAAGUCACUGUGGAGUUUGUAGUGCAAGAACAAGAUCAUUGAUGUCAUGUAUUUUGACAGCAGAUUGAAUGUAUACUUCCUGAGCAGUUGCUGUGGGACUUUUUCAUACAUACAGCUUUAAUGUGGCUUUUUUACCUGCACCUUAGUGCAUCCAGAGGAAUUUGUGCAUGCACAGCACAUUCUGGUAACAAUCUAACUUUAUUGGGGUCACAAAUUUGAAAGUCCUGGUCACCCAUAAUAAAGUAUACUUCAUCUUUUUAGUACCCCGCUGCAUACUGUGCUGGUUCAGGAAAGUCACUCAACAGAAAACAACAAUCAAAAUGUAGAUCAAUGAAAAUUUCUGUUUUGCUACUUUGUGUUUAUUAGCAGUGUCUCUUAACUUAAUGUCAAGGUGAGUUCACCCCGAAGGUUCUCUUUCUUUGCUCACAGCAGCUUUGAGGGAAAACAUGACAGUAGAUCUCUCCUUUUCUUGAGCCUCUGCACUUUUUUUAAUACCUUCUGCUGUCUAGACUAUCAUUCUGAAGCACAUAGUGUUGAGAAAUAUCUUGACAUUGAAAAUUUUAAAAACUUUACAACUUUCUUACAACCUCAUUAUCUCCUUUACAGACUUUGUCUUCUUCACGUUUCAUGCCAGAGUUGUAGUUGUGUGGCAUUUUUUGGUCGCGUUCGGUUCAGUCUCACUGCACAUCAACAAAACUUCCUCAGUUGCUUGUUUGCCCAGCAUCAGACUCUCUGAUCGAACACACACAUCCACAUGAACAAAGCCUGAUCUGUCUUUUUCCUCUCCAGUCUGCAGCGACUGCAUUAGCUCCCAAUUAUGAGCCACCUCAUUAAUUUUACACUCAGAUGCUGAAAAGAGGGAGAGAUGGAGGCGACAACAAAUAGAGAAAAGCAGAAAAUGGUGAAACUAAGAGUUACAUAAAGAAAAACUGAGGAGGAGCAGAGAGGAAGGAGAGCUGAAGAGUGAGAAAUGGCUGGAUGAGUAGUGAAACAGAGAGGAAAAUGACAUUGAAUACAAUACUGAGAAGAGCAAACUGGCCAACAGCAGCAUGUUAGAACAGUGCAUGAAGGGAAAUUAAACAGGAGAUAAGGAAAUGAACAAAUUUUAAACCUGUUUCAGCAAUAAUUGUCUUUUUUUGCCAUUGCACACAACAGAAAUAAGAGUGAGAGUGUUGAUAAAGACACAGAUGGAGAGUAAUUCAUGUGAACACUUCUUCCCCAAUAAUCAGAUGAUUUGUUAAAAAAUAUUGCUUAUAAUUACAAUAAAAGGCUCCAUAAGGCAUGUCCCACUUUAAGUUUGUGAUAAACAAAGACCUUUUUUAUGAAAACAGUCCUCUAAGGCUGAUGAUCACUAUGUCAGGACCACAACUUUUCAAUUCAGUGCUAGUAGUUACACUCAGAUUGGAACAUAGAGGAGCACACAAGUUUAGGUAGUGGUUUACAGACGGCUUCAUGCUUUGCAUAUAAAGCUUUAUUUUGAAUUAAACAAUUAGGACUGACUAUAGUCCGACUGACUAUAUACUAACCAGAUAAACCAUUAGAUUGAAUAAUGUCUUUAGAAGCUGAAACCAUCUUUUGUGCAGUGAUGUAAAAAUGUCAACCCUCACUGGCAGUUAAAAGACUCUAAUAGGAAGUAAUGUAGUUUAGCUGAUUGGUACUUGCUCACAUCAUGCUGUUGGGACACAGAUUUAGUGGUGUGUAAUGAGCAAGAUCAUGGAUAAAAUUUAGGUUCUUAUUACUUUUCCAGACAGGAAUCCCUUCAAAGUAAGGGAACAUAAUGAUCUCUUCUUACAGUUCAGUUCAACCCAUUACUGCUCCCACAGUCUUGACCUGACUAUGAUAGAAAUGUUGCUCCUACAGAAGAUGUAGUAGUAACUUGGUCUGUUAUUUUAAGUUUUUGGAUGUUAGAGCGUGUGUGCCAGAUAUUAAGAUAUAUAUAGAUCUUACUCACAUGGUCAGAUAAAGCACUGGACAUUGCUAAUAUUUUCAGGUAUGUUGGGGACAGGACAUUCAUUCCCUCUUUUGAAAAAAUGACUGAUCUUGUGCAUACAUUUCUCUGUCAUAUACUAUCAUUUGAUAAACCUAUCAACUUAUUGACUUAUUAUCGACUAAUCUAGUCAAUGUUCUGGAGUACAGAUAAAAAGAUAGUUGUAAAAUAUCAUUGAUAAAUUGAUGGUCAUUGACGAUGUUCAGAUGUGUUUCAGAGAAACAACAUUACAGUGUAAGUUUCACUAACCCGCUCAAAAAAGCUAAUAUAACUGAGAAUAGUCAGGGGAAUUCUCAGAGAGCAGAUACAGGAAUGUUCUCAAGGUGUUUGGCGCUUAUCUAGCUGAAGUACAAAAUAUGUGGAAUGAGAAAUAUUCAGAUGUUGAACUUGAGGAUGUCAACACGUUGGUUUUUCAUCCUGCUAUUAUACGCUGCUCACAGAUCAUAAUCCCAUAUACAGACCAGUGUUUCCCCUACAUCCAUUCAGCAGCAAAAUUACGUGCGCCGCUACUGAAGUUUCACACGAUCAUCAAUAUCAGUGCACCACAAAUGAUUUCUACUCGCACUGUGUGAGCACAACAACACACAACAUUAUUUCUGACUUGAUUUGAGUCAUCAAGUAGUGUAUCAAAUCCUAUCGGACCCUCUUCCAUCAACGUGAAGGGUAAUGUUCAAGUUUACACACGUUCUAUACAGCGUGUAGAAUUAAUAGCAUUAGUAGCAUUAAUAUCAAUGCGCCACUAAUGAUUUCUACUCACACUGUGUGAGCACAACAACACACAACAUUAUUUUCGACUUGUUUUAAAGCAUUUAAAUCAACUUGAAACUGAACAAUGCGUAUAUAAUGAAGUGCACAAUUGAAUCCUCCAGUAUUAUGGACAGUAUUGUGAUGGAUACACCAAUGAGAACAGCAGCCAAGGAUGAUGGAUGAAGAGUCUCUUCAUGGAAUGAUGUGAGUCAGGAGUUGUCCCCAACAGCUUGUCCAAAUGCUGUGCAGUAAAAUGAUCAGUUGUGGUGUUUUCAGCAUCAGAAAAAUAUCCCAUAAUAUGUGCAUUUAAAAUGUAGUCCAUAACACAUUAGAGUGUAAGUGUGAGCAGUUCUAAGAUCUUUUCAGACUUUAUACUAGUGGAGUUGUCAACCGUUUCUACUCCUCCUGUGGAGCUUCCAGCAACUGGAUAACAACUGUGUAUGCGUCUACUGUGUGUGUGUCUGUGGUAUGUAAGAAAUGAGGUAGACAAUUUCCUGCAUUGUAAUGAUGCCGUGGUUUACAUGCCAGAGGAAAGGUUUGUGGUCAGUGGUUGAUCACAUUUGGAAUAACCUUAGACAGAGACAGCAGUACGGUAGUUUUUACUAUUUAAGUGAAUAAGGGUUGUAGUGGAUUGAUAACAAAUAUUUACAGGGUAUUUGGGGUCAAGUGUAGUUAUUUCAGAGUCCGUAUCAGGCAUGCUGUUUGAUUUAUAAGCAACUUGACUUUAAAAAAGAGUGUUGGUUUCCUUUUUUCUAUGAGCCAUUGUGAAUUCAGCUUCUUUCACUUUCUAUUUGAGGACAGAGUGAGUAUGUGCUAUUUGCAGUGUGGAAGAGGGGAAGAGAUUUGAUUAGGAAAUUAACUUUUUUGUAAUCCAAGACCAACCUACACUUGACUUCCAGAUUAUGUGCCAGUUUUUUGAUGGGAUUUAAUCAUGUGACUACUCAAAAAUAAGUAAUUUAAACAGCAUUUUUGUGGAAACUUGUACAGAAUUAUCAAAAGAAGGUAAGAGCCAAACAGUAGUUUAGGUAGGAACUUAUAAUACCUGCCUUCUUAUAGAAAGUCAGGUCUAUUUGAGACUCUCAGUACACGCUACUUGCGUGUCGGAGUAUACCAAGGUUGUUGAUUAAUUAUCUACAGGUUUUUAAUUCCUGUUCCUGUUUAUUUUUAUUUUUUUGGCUCUGUUAUGUUACAUCCUGUUUUUAAGCUCUGCAUUGGUAGAUAUUCAUCGGACAAAAUCAGGGACCACAGCCUUAAACCGGAAACCUGUUCUACAUCCUGCACACAUUGUCUGACCUUUGUUACAGCUGUAGCUAAGUGUACAGAUUAAACAAUUCACAAACUUAAGCUGGACAUCUGCGUUUACACUGGUUUAGGGAUGAGAGUGUGCUUUGGCUUGACUUCAUCAUACAGACGUCUCCCCUGCUCCCAUAAUGCGGAUUUGAAUCUGUCUGUUAUGUAAUUUGACAGUCUAAAACUGUCAUACAAAACUGUUAUACACUUUGCUUUUUAUUCUCAGUAUGAAAUAUCCUACAGCUGACAGCAGCUACCUGCCAAAGCAAAGCAAGUAUGGAGUGUUUUUCACCAUAACUGAUCCAAGCUCCUGUUCAAUUAGAGAUAAUACAGCACUAAUGGAGCAAAAAUGGCUUUUCAGUUGAGUUGUGCCAAAAAGCAGAAACAGAGGUGCUUCUGAUACUUAUGUCUAAGAGGUGACUGAAUUGAUUUUACUGGCACCCUCUCUGUGUCCCUUUUCUCCAAAUCAAUACCCCACAAUAAAAAUAAGAAUGCUUGCACCACACAGUUACUGGUUAUGUAACAGACUGAUUUUAGUUGGGAUGACAGAAACAAACAAGACCUUCAGCAGCAAGAUAGAUUUUUAGAUAGAUAGUUUUUUAUUCACUUAUCAAAAACUAGAGUAACAGUGUAGGUGUCGGGUAAAUGACUAACAGCCUUUUACCUACAUGAUCCACAACAUAGAGUCACAGUGAGUGAUGUACAGUAUUUACUGUUAAAUGACCUGGACAAGAGUUUUUGUUAAAAAAACUCAGUGAAACAAGGAAAGUGCGGCUUUGUCCACAGUAGGGGUGGGAGAAAAAAAAUCGAUACAGCAUAGUAUAGCAACACUUUGUCUGGUGAUGUAUCGCAUCGUCUCAUCGACCAAAUAUCAAUUUUUUUCAAAUUAAUUGUUAAUAUGAAGUCAAAUCGAUAAUAAUGGAAAAAUAAAAUCAGCUGUUUGUCCAGUGAGGUUGGCAGAGGUGACAUCAUAGAGCAGGAGAAAGUUAGUACAACAAAUAUAUCAACACCUGGGGAAAGGCAUUAGGAAUUCAAGCAGGGCACAAAUGAGAUGGACCUGACACAUAAGGUUUGCAAGAUGUGCUACAUAAAAAUAAAAUACAGUGUAAAUAAGACAAACAUAAAGGAAAGACAAAUGCUAAAUAAGCGAAACAGUUAAAAAAAAAAAAAAAAUCCCAAUAUAUUGUGUCGUAAUACUCACUGUCUUGCAAAAUGUUAAAAAUCGCAAUAAUAUCGUAUCGUGGCCAAAGUAUCGUGUACAUAUCGUAUCAUGGGGCCACAGGUGAUUCCCACCCCUAGUCUACAGGGAGCACUGGUUCCCAAAACGUUUUUCGCAGUAACUUCAAAGAACAAACAAAAGAAGUUUUAUCCUAAAAAAAAAAGAAAAGAAAAAAUCAGUGUUUCUUGCUUCAAUCUUCAGUGCAUGAUCACAUGUUUCUCACAUCCAUGUUUCUGACACUUGUUUUUUACUGUGCUGGUAUUCAAGUCUACGAAUGUUUGUAGGGAAAAAAAUAUUGUCUGAAUAUCUGUGGUUCUGUCACAGAAUAAUUUCCAUGUGGCUUGAAUGAACAUUCAGAGAGCUGUCUAACUUUUGGGGGUACAUAGGCUGGAUGUGGUUCCAAGCUGAAGGACAUUUUGUUCACAAGGAAAACACGUAAACCACACCAGCAACCCCCUCUGUUUCCUCUUAUAGAUUUUUGUUCAUUCCUAGUGUCUGUAUGAGUGGAAUGAGGUCUGUGCAUUUGGAGCGCAUGCUGAUUACUGUCAUGCAUUCAAAUCCAACAUGAAAAAACAUGUGUUUGUGCUCGGUGCUGAUUGUGUCUCUGAGGAUAGGUCCAUUUCCAGGUUUUGUUCGAAGGCCUUAGUCUACAUGUGGUGCAGAAAGGGUGAAGGAGUGAAGCGUUGUGGGUGAAGGGGGGGAGGGGAACUACCAUAGCGGAUCAUCUGUUUCCAUCAGGAUGUCUGCCGAGUGUCUGCUGUCACUAAUGAGUGACUUGGUGCUUUUAGCAGGAAAAGACACAGAAUGAAUCCCUGCCUUUUCUUUUACACACACACACACAUUUAAAGAAUACAUUUGAAAAAAAACGCACAAUCUCACACAGAGACAGAAUUGAGCAGUUGACAAUCUCCUAACAACUAAAAGCUGUAGGAACAUCUGGUUAGUGUUUGCUGUCCCUGGAUGCCUCUGCAUACAGCUCACAGUUUUGUCCUGAAAAUUCCUCCUGUAGUAAGGGAAUACAUUGAAGCUGCAGGAAUCUUGAUGAGGAGCACAACUCCAGCAGGGGAGCAGACACUUUCUGCUGAAUGCUGCGACUUGUUCACUUCAAGUUUGAUCUUCAUAUAUUCAUAUAAGACACUGUGCUCUUCUUCAUGAAAGGUUUAUGCACACUCACAUCCUCCCUUCGCUCCUUCCUGCUUGAUGGGAGAUAAGAGAAAGACGUUAAUACAUGAUCUGUGAAUAUGCUGAUAUAAGGAGUGUUUUAUUGACCCAGCAAUGUGGCUUCAUAUACACACAAGCACACACCACUCUAAUAAUAUUUGCUGUUUUGUCAACAAAAGUACAGAGGGUUACCUUUAAAGCAGACUGUGAGGUGCACUAAGUCAGAGAGAUGACUAUAAUUUGCACUCUUUGUGUGCAAAAACUUGCCACAUUGCGUGUCUGUGUACUGUGUCUGGUCUCUUUUUAAUGAAUACAUGGAAAUUUCCUCCUUUUUUCAUAAGAGUUUGCCAAAUCUAAGUUUGUGGCAUUUUUACUUCAACCCUCCAGCUUAGUCUAUUUCUUUGUGCAUAUGGUAAUUACUAAGCCAGCGUGCAAAGCGGUUAGUCAAUUUUUAUGCAUCUAAUAAGCAGUAAAAUCAAAGUAAACUGGCUUCACUGUUGACUCAGAGCAGAAACAUCACAGUAAUCUUCAGCAGUGAAAGGGUAAAUCACAUAAAAAUUACAGAGAGGUUGUUUUAAAAGCACUUUAGUGGUACACACCUACUGUGUUCCUGACCCUCAGCCUGCCUCUGUCUGUGUCUCUCUCUUCCCACCUUCAGAUUCAGCCCUACGAUAAGAUUGCUGCUAAAGGCCUUCCAGAUAAUGUUGCUGACAGCCUGAACAAACUGGUGGUGGUGAAGCUCAAUGGAGGCCUGGGGACCAGCAUGGGAUGUAAGGGUCCCAAGAGCCUGAUCAGCGUCCGCAAUGAGAACACCUUCCUGGACCUCACUGUGCAGCAGAUAGAGGUAAAAAACAAUCAUGGCUUUUCUUCAGAGAUUGAACACUAACAUUGAUAUUUGUGAUGCUGUAACAUUGAAAGUUCAGUGUGCAGUACCUCUGGAUAUGUGAAUAAAAUAUUAAAGAGGAUUGGUCACUCUCAGCCCGCUGUUUAGAUCUGAAUCAUCCUGAUUUGUAGCCCUAUACUAUUCAGAAGUUUGAUACAUCACAAACUUGACUGUUUGCCGUAUUAAAAAAAAAAGACUGUAUUACCUAAUCCAGCCUGAUUUAGUGAUUCAUGUUUGCUUUUGAACCACCCAAUUCUAAAGAAAUGUUGCCAUCCAGUAGCUUUGAGCUGAAUCAUAAGAAAAACUGAGCCAACAGGAACCACAGAAAAGAAAAACUCAGAAAAGUGCACUUUUAUGACUGAAUCACAUUCUAGUUUUGCAACAUCUUUGUGAUUUUUAGUACAGAGCUAACGGGCAAAACCCGCAGGGUCCGGAAACGGCACUAGCACAGCCGGUGGAUCAAAUCCGCAAGAAUUAUAAUCAAUGUGAGUCAUUCCACAGAAUCAGUCCGGUGUUCAGCUCUGCUGCGGAUGCCGGAGCACGGCGCAUUAAUUCAGUGCAGCCAACAGCAGCAGCAGCGGAAGUUUUAUGCAGUGACAGAGUGAAAUAUCCGGUUAAUUUUUAAAGUGAAAUGAAGUUAAUACAUUGAACUGUUCUUAACUUGUUAAUAGGAGAGGCCAGGGUUGUGGGAUGUGGGUGUUUAUAUACACCGGCGUUUAUAUACACAGAUCGGCGGAUGUUAUUCUAUGACUCAGGAAACACCUGAGAGCUUUUGAGAUCUUGUCAAGUCUUGUGAGAAAUACCUGUAAUCUCACGAGAGCUUGUCCUCUGAUGGCGGUGGCGGAUCGGAUCCGGUGGGCGCUGUAUGCUUAUGGAUCUGAUCCACCUGGCAAUCUGGAGCAGAGCGGAGCCAUUCCAGAUCCUGUGGUUUUAGCCAGUAACUUGUUUUGAUAAAUUAAAGGGAUAUUCCGGUGUAAAUUUAAGUUAUGGUGCUGUGGAGUUUCGCAACUCAAGGAAGAAAAUUUAUGAUUAUUACUUCAUGAAAAUGUAAUCAUAGUUCUUGUGUAUCUUGUAUGUGCACUGCAGACAUGGUAGUUCUUCUGCCUUAGCGUCUUGGUCUGAUUACAUUUUCAUGAAGUAAUAAUUAUAAAUGUUCUUCCUUGAGCUGCGAAACUCUGCUGCACUUGGUGAUCGACUUGUCAGGGCUUCCUCACAAACAAGCGGCUGCUGGAGGAGAGUAGGUGAGUUGAGUUUGGUCUCUUUGCUAAAGAAAUUAGGCAAAGCUAAAAAGAUGUUUGAUGGCCAGUGCUAUGGCUUGGACCACAUAUGUACUGUUGAUGAAGUCAGGUGCUGUUCUGAGCAUUAUUUGUGGCUAUAGAGUGGCUUUUAGGUUGAGGUUUAUGCGUGGAGUGGUAGAGCGCUGUGUAUUGCUAUUGUGUGGUCGUUGCUGAAGUUGGUAUAACUAGAGAAGUAAGCAGUUGGCAACAUUCAUCUCUUAAGGGGGUUGCCUAACUCAGUGUUACGGUGUGUUUGACCAUAACUUAAAUUUAUGCCGGAAUAUCCCUUUAACAAAGUACAUUUUGUGGCUCUUCAACAGUUUUAGGACAGUUUCAGGGAAUAUUUAUAAAAUGUUGUUGAAUCGACAAAGACUGGAGUACAACUUUAAAAAGGCAACUAGAGUGACUUGCUUGCAGCUGUACUGGAAAGCUUCACUCUGUGUGUGUGUGUGUGUGUCAUAAGCACAGCUCACAGUAUUUCUUCACACAUCAUGUCUGUGGUGAAGUUUUGGCGACACUGUUGAAACUUGUGGGUUUCCUGACACAGAGGUGUGGCGUUUGGGGUAAGAAGACAGUUGACACAUAAACUGACAGUGAUGUCAUAAUGGGAGGGACAGGAGAGCAGGAAGUGAUGACUGUUUAUUCUGCUCUCUGCAAUGAAGGCUGUCUUUUAUCCUCUCUGCUCUGAUGAAGUUAUGAAUGAAUAAUGUCUGUGUCUUGUUCUGCUUUCAGAGUGAACUUUGAUUGGAAGUUUAGACUUUGAUUUUUCACGAAAGAGUAAUAAGAAAACAGGAGAUGUUGUUUCUCAGAUGAAUCAGAUGAAAAAAAAGACAAGCCCUUAUUUAUGUGUCAAGAAAAUUAGAAACACAUGACGAUGUUGCAUGCUGAUGAUUCCUCCCUGGAAUUUUUUAAGUGGCUGAAGGUGUUUUGAAAGACUUUCAGUAUUAUUAGGGGGGGGGGGACUGGUGUGAAAGAGGAUCUGUUGGUGUGCAGGCGGGCAGGUCUGCAGGGGUUGGCAGGGAAACAGAGGGUGGCUGUGUGCUGGAGGAGAAGAGUGUGUGCGAUAUGUGUACUAGUGCUGCUGCCUGCUCACAUACAUCAGGCUAAAACAAGCAUGCCCACACUGACAGACUGUGUUUUACUAACUUUUAAUGACUUCAAUCUAUGUUUGCACAUUGUUGUUUGAAAGCUUUAUUUCUGAAAACAGGUUUUCAGGAGAAGUUUCAAAGAGAGAUUCACAGAUUAAAGUUUGGUGCAGAAUCUGCCAGCUGAUGUGUGUGUACAGUGUUGUGUAACUGAGGUCAAACAUGGGAUGUGUGUCUACCUUGUACUUGUGUUUCAUAACAUCCUCAUGGGACGCCCCUCUUCUCCUGACACACUGCUCUCUGUGUCUGAGCCACUGCUCCACAUUUUCUGUUCAGGUCUACUCAGAUUACCUCCAGACUCAAUCAGUCUAUUUAGGUGGAAGGAAAAUGGAUCCUUUACACACACCUAUGCAUACCCACUCACACCCAUAUCUGUGGCCAUUUGUAGCCACCACCAGCAUGCCUUAAUGCAUAUUUAUGUAAAAGCCGUUCGCUACAGAGACCUGGAUGUUCACUCUUGAGGCAGCAGAGAAAGACUGACUGAAAAAGGCGCCACCUGGCUGCUGAAGACUUUACUACUCUUACCCUGAGAAACCAUUAAAGUACCACAUCUGUUCAUUUCACGAAGUACAACAGAGUGUGGUUCAGCAGAGGUGGUUUAGUCUGACAUGUAAGAGUGUCUCAAAGGUACAGAGGAGAUUUGAGAUCAAAUAAUGACAAAUAAAAGAAUACGACAAUGAAAUAUUAAGAUAUCAUCCUCUAGCAACCCCAAAACAGUCAAAUAGAGACUCUCUUUUCAUCAGCAGGAUCCUUGACUUGUUGGGUUCACAAGAUGUUUAAAUACUACUUGUUGUUGAUCUUCAGUUUGAGUGGCUGUUGUGUCAGGAAAUGCCGCUCUUUUAUGAAUUAUAGUCUAAUGCUACAAUUUGACUAAAAUUUAAAGACAAACUCCUAAAUCCUGCAAUUCAUUCAAGGAGAAACACCUGCACAGUGUCCAACCUGCAGAGAAAGGAACAAUUUUAUGAGCAACGUUUCUGCACUAGACCUUCAUUAGGCAAACCUGAUGAAGGUUGCUUAUAAAAUUGUUCCUUUCUCUGCAAGUUGGACACUGUGCAGGUGUUUCUCUUUGAAUGAAUUGCUGGAUCCCUUUCUCUCUGACAUACCUGUCCUGAAUUAUAGAUGUGCUAAGUCACCUCUCCAUUGUGAAACUCUCAGACCCUGAAACAGAGAAAUGCAACACCAGCUGUCAUUUCUCAUCAGCUGUGAUUUUGCAAAGUAAAAUCAAGAAAAAAAUCUAAUUUCUGGGUAAAUCCUGUAGACAUGUUUAUAUCAUCUGUUUGUUUUCACGUCCUGCAGCACCUGAACAAGACGUACAACACAGACGUGCCGUUGGUCCUCAUGAACUCCUUCAACACAGAUGAAGACACAAAGAAGAUCCUGCAGAAGUACACACACCACCGUGUUAAGAUACACACCUUUAAUCAGAGCAGGUGAGACUAAGAACAUGCCAUCAUAAUAAAUCAUAAUAAAAGAUCCAAAUUGAAUAAAUGACCUGCAGAACAGUCGGCCGUGUGCCCCUCUGAAAAGCCAAGAACAGCAGCAGCAAGAAGACAGGAAGUGUUCAAGAGAAAGCCAUUAAUAUUGAAUGUGUGGGAGUCUCCUAUUUGUCGGUUAAGUGGAACCUGCUUUUUAUGGUUUUCCUUUGAAUUAUUCAGAGCACCUGUCUGUUAUUUGUGCCAGAAGGAGGACGGCACAAAGCAGUUUGGGAUAUCAGUUGCAGCAGAGAGGUGAAGAGGGGGGAAUUAUGCUGCUCCAGUAAAAGACUGUGGUUGUGAGAAUAAUUCAUAAAAGAUUAUUUAUUCCCUGCCAAUUAAACAAUCCGAUGUCCCAUUGCCAAAAAAAGAAGGAGAGGAAAUACGCUCCAUCCACCUGACAGGUUCCCCAAACAGGUCCAGCAACUCCAGUUCUUAGUAAGUUGUAAGUUUAACUUGGUUACCUGCCAAACUUAUGAGCAAAGUGAAGAAAUAACAUUUCCAUUAAAGGGCUCCUCCUGAACAGAUCCCAAAAUCUGAAGUUAAUUUUAGAAGCUAGGACAGCUGCUCCUCUGUACUCAAGUAGGUAAAGAUGUACAUUUUAGGAAAAGCCAGGUGCUCUUGAAGAAAGAAGUGUUACUAAGACAGAGGGGAAGCCUCCAGAGCUGUCUACAGGUACACUUACUCGAGUCAACGAAAAGGUUCACAAGCCCUUUUUAGUUCAGGGCAUAUCUUUUUUAAAAAAGGUUCAACUACUUCAGCAUUUUGACUGAAAAGUGCCUGAGAAAGUGUCACACUUUAUCAAGCCCACACAGUCCAAUUAGCAUGUUUUGCUAUUGUGGAUUUGCUCAGUCAUGUAAGAAGUCAUGGAUUAUAUGGCAGCGCUCUUUGUAAGCACUCACUAAUCAGGAACAGAGAAGAGGAGGAAAUGAGAAAGUUCAAGAAAACUUGGCUUCAAUAUGAAAAAUUCAGAGAAUGGUUGGCAGGGGCAAAAAAUAGUUUGGAGGCAACUUGCAAAAAUCAAACCUGUAAACUAUUAUCAGUGUGGAAAACAUGUUUGAAAACACAGCACAGCCUCUAAGGGUCCCUGGUGGAGGCAGAUCUGUUGACUCAAACUCAAAUUCUCAGUUUCACAUAAUGAUGUAGUAGCUACUUGUUCCUUCUGAGGCAGAACAUUUUGUUUUUCCUCCCUUGACUCCUCGUCUUUGGGUCAGAGAUGACAUGAAACCUUUGAAGGCUGUGAUUCCAUAUCAAAACCACUCGUCUGAAAUCGCCUCACAGGACACUGGGUUGGAAUUAAACCUCAAUUAAAAGGGCUUUGACGCUGCAGUUCCCCUCAGCUGACCAGCUUCUGCUCUCUUAAAUAUCCUCAGACUGCCAGAACCACAGCCAGCUCCCAUCCUUUCCUGCUCCUUGUUAUGAGGCUUGGUAACUGAUCCUGACGCAGAUCCCUCAUAGAAACACUUUGAUCACUUUAAUACAGGAAGCAGUGAUUGCUUGGCUCUUUCGCUUGUUAUCUCAUCCACUGUCUUGGAAAAUUUGACAAAGUUUUCCACUGAUAGUUUUGUUUUAAGUCCUGAAGAGAUGAGAGAAGAAUAUAUUUACAUGGCACUUGACAUGCUACUUCCUCACACAAAGUUUAGCCGGCUGCACUUUAGAUUUCUUUUUGAUUUGUUUUAAUCCGUCAAAUAAUACCCAAGAAUCUGUAAAUGAGUUGUUUUAUUUUUAGGAAACAAAAGUUAAAAUAUUUUGAUUCCAGACUCUCAACUUCGACAUUUUUUUGUUCACUGAGUCCACCAUGUCAGUAAACUGAAUGUCUCUGAAGAAUAAUGACUAUUUUUUUGUUUUUCCCUCAUCCAGGUACCCUCGCAUCAACAAAGAGUCCCUCCUCCCUGUAUCAACAAACCUGAGCAUGACAGGACAGAGCGCAGAAGGCUGGUACCCUCCAGGUCAUGGAGACAUUUAUGCCAGUUUCUACAACUCCGGCCUGUUAGAUCAGCUGAUCGCUCAGGGAAAACAGUACAUCUUUGUGUCAAACAUCGACAACCUGGGAGCCACUGUGGACCUCAACAUCAUGCACCAUCUGGUUAGCCAGCCCAACGGCAAGCGCUGCGAGUUCAUCAUGGAGGUGACGGAUAAGACACGCGCAGACGUCAAGGUAUCAUUUAUAUACGACUUAUACACUGAUUUAUAUUGUAGCUUUAAAGAGUUACACCAUGUACGCAGAUUCUCAAACAUGGUUUUGUUUGUGUUUCAGCUGAUAAAGGCAGUUGCCAAAAUUUAAAAAACACAAAUAUGUCCUGUAAGGACUCCUAUUUUAGAAGACAAUGGCUGUAUACCUCUGUAGUUAAGUCAAAUAUAGGUCAGUCACUCUGUAUGUUCUUUAAACCGACUGACUCUGAUUUUCAGGGUGGCACGCUGAUACAGUAUGAAGGAAAACUGCGUCUGCUGGAGAUCGCACAGGUCCCCAAGGCCCAUGUAGAUGAAUUCAAGUCAGUCUCAAAGUUCAAGAUCUUCAACACCAACAACCUGUGGAUCUCCUUGGCUGCAAUCAAAAGGCUGCAGGAGCAGAAGGCAAUGGACCUGGAGAUCAUAGUCAAUCCCAAGGUGAGUGAAGGAGAGGGGGCCUAACAAAUACAGUCAAGGGGAAAUGAGGCCAACACUUGGAAAAAAGUCGGAGUCUUUUUCCAACACACACAUAUAAAGACACACUCGCACACGCACACACACACACGCACACAUGGCUGUGAUUGCAUUGCUGAUCCAAAGGAAAAGUGGAUCAAUGGAUGAUCUCAGAUUUUUGUUCAUCUGUGGUGAUGGGAAUGAACGGUUUGUAGAUAGUUUUUCCAAAGUCAGAAGCUGGUGCUUAAGGUUCAUUUCGAAUUCCUCCCUCAGGUUAGGACUAGAUCCUGGAAACAAUAAAGUUAUUCUCAGAGCCUCAGCUCCCAAGAGAGCUCCUGAGGUGAAUACAGUCAGGGGGUCUGAGUGUCUCAUGAUCAGAGGAGGAAAUGGCAGAAAGAUGGUGAGGUAGUAAAAAUGCCCCCCCAACACUGAAUGGCUGCAGGUUCAUUAAAUGUUAGGUUAAAUGCAGAGCCAGUGCAGAUCACAACAGUUUAUUAAUGUUACCUGAGGACCAUACAAACUUGAAGAGCGUCUGCCUGCCUUGGUACAGGGGAUGUGCAGUAAGUGUGGGAAACACUGCUUUCACUAUCAGCAUGUGUAGAGGUGACUGCUGCACAACGGAUAAAUGUUUUCAAACAUUUUGUGGGCUUCACACAUUUUAAGUAAGAGUUAAAAUCAACCUGACAGAAACAAUCAUGACAUUAAAAAGAAUGUAAAGGCAAUGUCUGAUCAGAUUCUGUCAGCUGGUAGAGUUAUUGUCUCUUUCCUGUGUUUGCGAUCGCUCAGGGAGCAUUUUAUGUAUGAUUUUUGUGGAUCAACCAAUCAAAGCUUUUAAAAGAGUGCAUUAGAUCAACAACGCCUCCUCUCUCAGAUUAAAGACUAUUUCGCGUCCUCGCUCAGAGUUGCUCUGACAAUGGUUCCGAAUCAUUCGUAGGCUAAGACUCAUCAGUGAAAGUUUUAAACAUAUGUUAGGAGCUCUCAGAGAGGAUGCUCAGACUGUUUGGCGCUAGUGACUCAGCCUGAUCAGCACAGCUUUACAAAAGUCUCCGUCAGGACAACCAAUAUGAGUCUUAAACUCUUCUAUGUCAACAACAUACUAGUAAUAAACCCUGUAUCUCAGUACAUAGGUUUUCAGACUUAAGUGGGUCAUCACUAGAUCAGGAGAUGCUGCAGCUGCUUCUGCCAUGAAACAGCCAAAAUGACCAGAUCUGUGUUCCAUCUCAGAUACAAAGUUGAAUCUGAACAAGCAGACAGGACACUGCCAUUUCUUGAUGCAGUGAGGCAUGUACUCCCCCCUUGGAGUCAUUAUCUUUAGUGUUCCCCAUGAAUUAAGCCUUCUAAAUCUACUUACAAGAAAUCAAAGAAACUGCUUCUUCUUCUUUACUACAGUGGUACUUCCUUGGGAAACAUCAGUAUUUAUUCAGCACCAGAGAAGUCCAGUGAUUGUUGUCUUCACAGUUAUAAGUGAAAUGCAUUUUGGUGCUAAAAGAGUUGACUUCAGCACACAAUGAAUGGUGUCAAAUCUAAAUUGUCAGUGUAUGGUGGAGGACAGCUUCACUCAGUUUGAUUCACUGGUACUUUUUCCUCCUCAUUUGUUUUUUUUACUGCAGACAUUCUUUUCUUGAUGAAGGAGUUUAAGCUGAUCACUGAAGUGACUCUCUCGAACCUGCAGUGACAUCAUAUGACUUAAAAAACAUCUGAUGAGUCUGUGAUUCCUAAUGUUUUCAUGUCACCUCAUAGUUUAGCUCAUAGUUCAGCUCAGCCUACUUUUAUUUUGGACGACAGUUCCCAAAACUGUGAGAUCAGUGAAUCUCAUAUUUAGGGAGAGAGGGCGUCUGUCUGCAGUCAUAUUUUUCUCGUCAUACCUCCACCCUUUUGGUAUUUGUACACAGUCGGUCAAAGAAAUACUAUAAUUCCCCUGAGCUGUGCUGUCUUGACAGAUCCUCCUCUUCUCGAUUCCCCUCUGUUAAAUUAUCUGGCAUGAGUCAUAAAUGUCCUGGUAACAGUCUGCUGUAGUAUUAUGGCCCUAAAGGCCGAAGGGACAGAGGGAUCACAACAGGAUUUCUGAGCGUUCAAUAAACGCUGAAAUGAACCAGAACACUGUCAAUAACAAGCCACCAACCUCCCUGUGUGAUAGCGUCAGUCCUGUUUUAUCACUCUCAUCCUGUCAUGUUGGGAAACAUAAUGCAGCUGUGAAUAGCCGAGAGAUAUCUACACCACUUUCAUCUACAGAGACCACCACCCCUAAAUAAAUCAUAGCCCUACUCUGAAAGCGGAAAGAGAGAACCCACAUUCUGUGCUCCUGCUCCUUGCUCUAAACCAUUUUGUUGUCACAUGACGUUUUUGCAUACAGAGGAGAGAACAGUCCAGUUUUCUGCGUUAGAUUGGCCCUCACACACAUUCACACAGUCAUACAAGCAUCAUGUGAAGGAUUUGUGUCUACCCUGUCUGUGCAAUUUUAUCCUUUGUAGCGUUCCCUUGCUCGCUGUAAUAGAGCAGCCUUAUUAGAAGCACGGCAGCAAACAUAUCUGACUUGAUGUGACUUGAUGUUAUUUUGGUGUCCCUCACUCAAAGGCACGACACUCUGCCUCUGCACCCUCAGUAAAGGAGCACUGCCUUAGGCUAUGCAAAUCUGCCACCAGCGUAAUAAAUUCACAGCUGAACCUACCCUUGCCCGUGCUUGAUUAUUUCUUUUUCUUGGCCUAUAGAUGUCAUUUUCCAGCCCUACGCUGCAGAACCACGCACUGUGACAUAGGCAGCGUUAUAUAACCGGUGAUAUCUGAAAGAGCUGUGUAGCUUUACGUAAGUGUGUGGUCCCAUUUAGGUAAGAGUGCAGCACUAAACCUGCAGAGUCAACGAGAUCUGGUCUUGCUUUACAAUACCGACUGCCGCUCAGUGUUUAUUGGAACUGUGUGUACUUCUAUUUCAGAGAGGCACUUAAGAUAAAAGCGUCGUUCAUGAAGUGGUAAAUGUUGCAUAAUACCCUCUGACAGUCAUACCUACAGCCUGUGAUAUUACUCGUUGUUCACGGUUAUUCUGUGAAACCUGUAAAUACUGAGUUUGAGUUCAUUUUAGUCACCCUUGUGGUUUUAAGAAACGUAAUGGCUGCAGAGUCUGCGGUUGAGCUAGCAGCUGUUUUUGGCUGACCCAUAGCAGGUCAAAUUUUCAGCAUUACCACUAUCCUGAUUUAGCCUUUUAGCAUGCUAACAUACGCUCAUUAGCUCGAAACACAAGCGGCGGCUGAAGGAACUUUGCAGGCAUUUGGCUCAAAAACGGAUCAUAAGGUGGACCUGAUGAUGGUUCUGAAGGAAAGAUUGUGUGUGUAUCAGUGUUAUCAUGAUUCCUUGUCAGCGCACCCAUGUAUACAUUUCAUGGUGGUCCUUCAAAUAGAAGUUUCAGUGUGGACUAAAGAUGUGAACCAAGAGAUGGACAUCACAACCCCAAAACAGCAUAACCCUAAUGCUUAAGUGCACAAAACUGUAAACAUCACUUCCAGAUAAUGCAAGACUGCAUGAUUCGAUAAGUCUAGCUUUUCAACAGCGUGACAUGUAUUUUGAAGCGUUGAGUUUGUUUAGUUGUUCUUUUAAGCUCCUUGUGGUUCAAUGAAGCAGCAGUGCAGUCACAUCCUCUCUUGGUGAUACGAAUGAUUACUCUAAAUUCAAACCCGGUCUCUCCUUUGAUAACUGAGUGUCCUUUCCUACUUUUUUUCUUUUUGUUUGUUGUCAGACGCUUGACGGCGGUCAGAAUGUCAUCCAGCUGGAGACGGCUGUCGGCGCUGCUAUCAAAUGCUUCGACAACGCCCUGGGCAUUAACGUGCCUCGCAGCCGCUUCCUGCCCGUCAAGACCACAUCAGACCUGCUGCUGGUCAUGUCCAACCUGUACAGCCUGGAGGCCGGUUCACUCACCAUGAGCCCCAAGAGAGAAUUUCCAACAACGCCGCAUGUCAAACUGGGCAGCUCCUUCACAAAGGUGACUGUGAUUUAUGUGGUGAUCUCCAAGAGUGUGAGUCACUCUGUGCUGAUUUACAGAAAAGCUCUUUAAACACUCAACAUUGACUUUGACACGGCUGAAAAAAAAUCCUUGAAGCUUUUAAUUGUAUUCGUACAUGGAGACAAACAGCUUCACACACCACAUGUAGCAGACAUGACGUUAUUUAUUCAGUCAUUUUUGAGUUAUUGUUUUAAUAAUAAUUCUUUUUUUUUUCCUUCAAAGUCUGUGGUUAUGGGUCCCAUGGUAUUCGAGCCAUUUUUUAUUUUCCUUGUCAGUGUUGCACAUCUUAUGGCCUCACUCCUCACACCAUCAGCUUUGAAUUUAAGUCUCAACAACAUAACAUCACUCUGUUUAAUCAGCUGAUUUCUCAUCCAGUACAAUCAAAUGGAACAGAGGUGAUUCUGCAGCAGUAUUCAUCUAAUCAGUGUUCAGGUAAAAUGAUAUACAUAAAUGGAUCCUAAGAUCAAAUAUUGGAGUUAUUUGAUAUAAUUGGGUUUAUUUGUACCUGAACAAGAAUUAAAGUCAAAGGAUCAGCAGGAUAAAAUUAAUUUAAAUAGAUAUUCAAACUGCUCACAUCCUCUAAUAACCCCUCUUGUCUCUUGUCUCUGUGUUUAGGUUCAGGAGUAUCUAACUCGCUUUGAGAGCAUCCCCGACAUGCUGGAGCUCGACCACCUGACUGUGUCUGGAGACGUCACCUUGGGGAAGAAUGUUUCUCUCAAGGUAAACAUGUUCACUUAAAAGAAGUUUCACUGAAUGAUGAUUGGCUGCGUAUGGUGCAGUGGUAGAGGGCUCCUGGUUCAAAUCCCCGUCCAGACAAGGGCCUGUCUGUGCAGAGUUUGUGUGUUCUCCCCUUGCGUGGGUUUUCUUCAGGUAAUCCAGCUUCCUCCUGCAGUCCAAAGACAUGCUGGUCCGGUUAAAUUGCCUAUAGGUGUGGUUGUUUGUGGGCGUGUUGGUGACCUGCCUCUCACCCAAUGACAGCUGGAAUAGGAAACAAAGUGUACAGAGAUUGUCUUUCUAACUUCAAUCCUCAAAGACUGCUAUCUGGUCACGAUAUAGUGUUUGAGCAUCGUCAUCACGAUGUACGUGUGUGCAAUAGUCACAUCGCAGAGCCUGCGAUGUCGGAGGCGAAUGAACUCAGUUAAAUUCAAGGGGAACUGACUGAGAUACACUGCAUGUGACUCUGCAUGUGCUGUACAGCGAUCCACCGAUCACCUUCGUUCUUUACUCAGUUGCCAAUCAGACUACCUGUCCAAUCAAAUGGCACAGAGGUGAUUCUGCAGCAGUAUUCAUCUAAUCAGUGUUCAAUCAAAACCAGAGAGGAGGAAACCACACCCCUGCACAUGUCCUGCACAUGGAGUGAGUCGCUGCUGCUACCGGAGUUGAGCAGAGAAACGCGUGUCCGCUGAGAAUUACUUUCAGAACAUUCUUCAUCACUGUUUAGCCCAACAAAUAAGAACUGUAUGGGUUUUCAACUGUACAUUUCCAUUGACCACUCUACUAUAAGCAGUGCGCAUUUUGUGAGGUGCAUGCAAUUCUCGGAGGACAUGCAUUUCUCAGCACAACCCCGUUAACAACAACGAUUGCAAACUGAGCAACAAACAGAGAAAACCACAGAAGAUGAAGACUUGUUGCCAAAAAGAAAAGGAAAGUCAGUUAUCUGGAAAUUGUUUCGGUUACAAGAAGGGUGAUUUCGACCAGAACACGUGUUCUGUGUUCAUCUGUUGCCACAAUAACGUCCCAGCACAAUAAAAGCUAAAAAUAUCUCUGAGACAGACAGAAGCCAUUCUACUAACAUUCACAAAAAGAGGUAAGAUCAGUGCAGGUUAACUGUCCUCAAGAUUUCAGCAGUGCAGCAUAACAUUAAGUGCUAUUCAGGUCAACUGGUGAAAAUUCCUGUAUUUUUUAAUAUCGCAAUAUAUAUCGCAGGGUUGAAAAAAAUCGCAAUGUUAUUUUUUUCCAAUAUCGUGCAGCCUUACAUCGAACUGAUCUCAUGUAAAAAUAUUUUCAAAGAAAAUCAAAUCACUGUGUUUGUAACAUGGACUGUAUACAGAAUGGACGUCAUCUGCCUCCUCACUGGGUGAAGCCACCGCGAGAACAGCACCCUCUGGUGAACGACUGCAGUAAAGGUCAUAAACCCCGCCUCCUCCAACCAUUCUUAUGGAGCUGUGGACAAACUUAAAUUAAUUACACAGAAGUUUUCCAUUUUUCUCCCCCCUGGUUACAAUGUUGUUUACAAUACAAUAUAGUUACUGUAAGACUGGUUUGUGCUCAAGUCCUCUUUUUUCUGUGCAGCUCCAUUUUUAAAAGUUAUUAGGGGGUUCAUAUUUUCUAUGAUUGAUACUUGAUACAGCCUAUGGGCAUACAAAGAUUAUGUAGCUCAACCAGGGAUACGUUGUUUGAGCCGAGCAUCAUCACAGCGACUCUCUGCGACUCUCCUGCUUAAGGGGUACAAUGCUACUGCGCAAGUGGUGGUUCCAGGUAGUGGAGAAAAUCCCGGAAAUAUUUUGGCAAUUUGGCUUCAAAUUCGUAUAAUAACAGAAGGCGGAGCCAAGUUGUCCAUAGUGUAUACAGUCUAUUGUUUGUAAUCGGAUUUCUCUGGAGCCGGCAUUUUUCUUUUUCUUUGAUUGAAACAUGAAGAAGUAUUUGUCUCAACAUAUUGAAAGAACAUGUGUUAUUGUGUUGUUUUGCCUCCCCACGUGGUUUGAUCAGAGUGCAACUGAUAUAACAGUAUUAUCAACAAGAUUAGAAUGACAAAUUUUCUAAAAAAUAUCAGUACAAAUUUUAAGGGUUAUUUCUUGUCCAGGUUUGAGCAAGGACACGCUUUGUGUGUCACAGAAGCUUUCAUUGUUGAAGUCUUGGUAAGUCAGCGGCUCUGCUGGCAGGAGGCUUCCAGUGAUUUAUGUCUUUAAUUAAGCGUUGGUGUGAAAGUGUCUUCUUCUUGUCCUUACUCUCUGACAAAUAUAAAGCAUCGCUUUUCCUCCUUGCAGGGCACCGUCAUCAUCAUCGCCAACCAUGGAGAUCGAAUUGAUAUUCCAGCUGGCUCCAUGCUGGAAAACAAAAUCGUAUCCGGCAACCUCCGCAUCAUGGACCACUAA